AUGGCCGUCAACGCCUCGGUCGCCUUCGAUCUCCCUCCGCUGCCGACCUACACCCUGUCCGUGCGGGAACCGCUACUUCCGCCAAUCCCCGAUAACGUUCUUGCGCUGAUAUUGCCCAUCGUCGCCUAUUGGGGCAUGUCGAUGGUCUAUCACUACAUCGAUGUCAACGGAUACUUUGAGGAAUACCGCCUCCAUACCCCCGCCGAGGUGCUGAAACGAAACAAAGUCACCCGGUGGGAAGUAGUACGCGAUGUGAUCGUGCAACAGGUCAUUCAAACGAUUGCCGGAUUUGGAAUGUCCUACUUCGAUGCGAUGGAGACGGUGGGCCGUGAGGAGUACGAUAUGGCCGUGUGGGCGACGCGUCUUCGACUUCUCCAGAAAGCCAUUCCCCCAAUGUUGGCUUUCGUUGGCGUCGACGCGGCAGGCCUGGCCAAAUCCAUGUCCCAGAAUGGACACACGAUGAUCGCCGGCGCGCUGGCUGGCGGCUCCUACCCCGGUGUGGUGCAGUCUCUAAUCCUUGAGAGCGGAGCAGAGGUCAUUGCACCCGCGUUCGCCAGCUGGGAGUUGUCAGUGGCUAGCUUCAUCUACUGGUACUUUGUUCCGGCCCUUCAGUUCUUGCUUGCCAUCUCCAUCGUGGAUACUUGGCAGUACUUUUUGCACCGGGCUAUGCACUUGAAUCGCUGGCUCUAUGUGACGUUCCACUCCCGUCACCACCGCCUCUAUGUCCCGUACGCUUUCGGCGCUCUUUACAAUCACCCCGUCGAGGGCUUCCUUUUGGACACUGCCGGUACAGGCAUCGGCUUCCUGGUUUCUGGUAUGACCAAUCGCCAGGCCAUGUGGUUCUUCACCUGCUCCACCAUCAAGACUGUCGAUGACCACUGUGGAUAUGCCUUCCCCUGGGAUCCCCUACAGCAUUUCACCUCCAACAACGCUGCCUAUCACGAUAUUCAUCAUCAAAGCUGGGGUAUCAAGAAUAACUUCUCCCAGCCCUUCUUCAUCUUCUGGGAUCGUCUCCUCAACACACAGUGGAAGGGCGAGGUUCAGCUCCGUUAUGAGCGGGCUCGGGAGAGCGCCCAAAAGCAAGUGGACAUGGACGCUGCCCAAGCCAAAGCUACAGCGCCGGCUGUGCCUGCUAUCGAAGAGCGUGAACAUGAGCGAGUCGUGGUCUCGCCCGAGGGCCCAGCAACCCGGACCCGCCUUCGACGAAAGACCGUCGACAGCCUCAAGGGCCCAAGUCACGCUGUUCCUAACAGCGUUCUUCACAACUGA